AUGAAGAAAUUGCGGCAAAAGCAUGCUAAGAAGGACAAGAAAAAAGAAAGUGGUUCUAAGAAAAGAGAAUCUAAUAGUUUUGCAACUAAAGCUUCCGCCAAGAGAAGAAAAUUUUUUGAAGUAAUUUCCAGAGAUGCGCUUCCUAAGGUAAUAGCAUAUUCAGAUCUAUAUGUAGUGUUCAAGAUUGAUGGUCAGCAAGUUGCGGUUGAGAAGGUUGGCGGAAAUCAAGAGACACAUGAAGAUCUUGCUAACAUCUUGCCUCCCAAUGAAUGCCGAUAUGCUAUUUUUGAAUACGAUUUCACUACUAAUGAAAAUGUCCAGAAGAGCAAGAUCUUCUUCAUUGCUUGGUCACCAGAAACAGCAAGGGUAAGAAGUAAGAUGUUGCAUUCAAGCUCCAAAGACAGAUUCAUGAGGGAAUUCAAUGGUGUGCAGGUUGAAUUGCAGGCUAUUGAUCCGACUCCUGUAGAGUUGAAAGAGUUAAAAGAACAAAGAGUUUGUUGUGUAUUGUGA